AUGAAAAAUUUAUCCAAGUUCGGCAGCUUAGAAUUUGCCUGUUGUGCAAAAGAAAACAAAAAAUAAUGUGGAAUCGUUUGGUCAGCAGAUUUGGCAGACAUUGCAUACCGUUAUAUACAAUUACCAAAAAAAUUAGUAUCCACCAAAUAAGGCCAAGUUGUGCUAACAUGGCUCAAAUCAUCGAUGGCAGCGGCCUCGCCAAGGACAUACGCUGUGAGCUUCGCAAGGAGCUGGAACAAUUCAUGGCCGCUGGUCAUCGGGCGCCCCACUUAACCGCCAUCAUUGUGGGCGAGGAUCCCGCUAGCCAAAAGUACGUGACGAAUAAGAUGAAUGCCUGCAAGGAAAUUGGGAUCAGCAGUGAGACGAAAGUGCUGCCAGCAUCCACCACCCAGGAUGAGUUGUUGCAGCUGAUCAGCGAGCAGAACUCCAAUCCCAAUGUGAAUGGCAUUCUUGUGCAGCUGCCAGUUCCCGAGCACAUGGAUGAGCGCACCAUUUGCAAUGCUGUAUGCGCAGAAAAGGAUGUCGAUGGCUUCAAUGAGAUCAAUGUGGGUCGUCUGGCCCUCGACAUGGAGGGCAUAAUUCCAGCGACGCCCCAAGGCAUUAAGGCAAUGCUGGAGCUGAGCAACAUUGAGACUUUUGGCCGCAAUGCUGUCGUCGUGGGUCGCUCCAAGAAUGUCAGCCUGCCCAUGGCCAUAUUGCUGAGUUCCGAUGGCAAGAAUGCAACAAACGCGCUGGACGCUACCGUUACCAUUUGUCAUCGCUAUACGCCGCCAAAGGAGCUGGCCAAGUUCUGUCGCCAGGCCGAUAUUAUUGUGGUGGCCGUGGGCAAGCCUGGUUUGAUUACUAAGGACAUGGUGAAGCCAGGUGCUUGUGUCAUUGAUGUGGGCAUCAAUCGCAUCAAGGAUGAGCAGACUGGCAAUUUCCGGCUUGUCGGGGAUGUGGACUUUGACGAGGUACGUCAGGUAGCUGGACACAUUAGCCCGGUUCCUGGUGGCGUUGGUCCCAUGACGGUGGCCAUGCUCAUGAAGAACACCAUCAAGGCGGCCAAAAGUCAGGUUGCCUAUAGAUCCGAUUAAAUAAUGGUUUCAAUUGCCGGCAAUAUUUCCACAGAAUUUACACUUGAUUUGUGUCCAUAGUAUUUUGUUAUUUAAACUAACCAUUAGUUAUCUAGUUUAAGCUACAACUCAAACUGACAACCACGUAAAUUGUUACAAAUAAAUUAACAACAUUUGACUACUACAGCAAGUAAACUAAUUAAACAAA